CUUUACCUACAGACAUGGACAGAUGCAUGUAUGCUCUAUUUUAGAGAACUUGAAAAUGUUCUGAAAGGAAGGAAUCAACUUUGGCUUCAAGUAUUUGGCAUGGGAAGAAUGCCUUAAAAAAGCAGAUGACCAGUUUAUCUACUGACCAUGCUGACCAUUGUCUGGAAUCGAAUCAAAUCACAGAAAAACAACAAAUGGCUUUCUCUUAUAGAACAUCGGAACAAAGCACAAUUCCUGAGCUCAUUUUGCAGAGCUCAUUUGAUCACUUAAUCUCUUCUAACUGGUCUGGAUUACAGACAGAAUCGAUACCAGAGGAAAUGAAACAGAUUGGUGAGCAACAGGGAAACAAGCCACGCUGGGCAGCUCUUCUGAUAAUCAUGGUGAUAAUACCUACAAUUGGUGGAAACAUCCUUGUUAUUCUGGCUGUUUCACUGGAGAAAAAGCUGCAGUAUGCUACCAAUUAUUUUCUAAUGUCCCUGGCAGUGGCUGAUUUGCUGGUUGGAUUAUUUGUGAUGCCAAUUGCCCUCUUGACAAUAAUGUUUGAGGCUAUGUGGCCCCUCCCCCUUGUUCUAUGUCCUGCCUGGUUAUUUCUUGAUGUUCUUUUUUCUACUGCAUCCAUUAUGCAUCUCUGUGCCAUUUCAGUGGAUCGUUAUAUAGCCAUCAAAAAGCCAAUCCAGGCUAAUCAAUAUAACUCACGAGCUACAGCAUUCAUCAAGAUUACAGCGGUGUGGUUAAUUUCAAUAGGCAUUGCUGUUCCAGUUCCUAUUAAAGGGAUAGAAACUGAUGUGGGUAAUCCAAAUAACAUCACUUGUGAACUGACAAAAGAUCGUUUUGGCAAUUUCAUGCUCUUCGGCUCACUGGCUUCCUUUUUUAUACCUCUGGCGAUCAUGAUUGUCACCUACUUUCUCACUAUCCAUGCUUUAAAAAAGAAAGCUUACUUGGUCAGAAACAAUCCACCUCAACGCCUAACAUGGCUGACUGUGUCCACAGUUUUCCAAAGGGAUGAAACACCUUGUUCCUCACCUGAAAAAGUGGCAAUGCUGGAUGGUUCUCACAAGGACAAAACUCUGCCCAACUCAAGCCAUGAUAUACUUAUGCGAAGAAUGUCCACAGCUGGAAAAAAGUCACUGCAGACCAUUUCCAAUGAACAGAGAGCCUCUAAGGUUCUAGGAAUUGUGUUUUUCCUCUUUUUGCUUAUGUGGUGCCCCUUUUUUAUUACAAACAUAACUUUAGUUUUAUGUGAUUCCUGCAACCAGACUACUCUUAAAAUGCUCCUGGAGAUAUUUGUGUGGAUAGGCUAUGUUUCCUCAGGCGUGAAUCCUUUAGUCUAUACCCUCUUCAACAAGACAUUUCGGGAUGCAUUUGGCCGAUACAUCAUCUGCAAUUACCGGGCCACAAAAUCAGUAAAAACUCUUAGGAAAUGCUCCAGUAAUAUCUUUCGGAAUCCAAUGGCAAACAACUCUAAGUUCUUCAUAAAACAUGGAAUACGAAAUGGGAUUAAUCCUGCCAUGUACCAAAGCCCAAUGAGGCUCCGAAGUUCAACCAUUCAGUCUUCUUCAAUCAUUCUACUAGAUACACUUCUUCUCACCGAAAAUGAAGGUGACAAAACUGAAGAGCAAGUCAGUUAUGUAUAAAAGAAAUGACACAGUUUUCAUUUAAUAUAAUGAUGAGUAGGAUGAAGAAGCAGAUAUGAAUGUACCAAGAAUUAUAUAAAAAACUUAACUCAUGUAUCAUAUCAUCUCUUUAAACUAAGAGUUACGUAUUAAGAGUAUCCAAUUUUCUUUAUUUGAACACAAUUACUCCAUGAAAAAAAAAUCAUUUUGUACAGCUGCAAAUUAAAAUAAUCCAGCAAUCUGGUUAAAUGUUGAGAUAUUCAAAUGAAAUAAAAUUAAAUAAAUCAAUACAUCUCAG